GGAUUUCUUGCGUGAGGGUUUAAAAUAAAUAUAUAAAGCUCUCAUCUCUGCCAAAAAUCAGAGAAAAGCAACCAAAACACUCCGAUUCGCUCCAUUCCAGUUCUAGGGUUGCCUUUCUUCGUCCAUCUACAGUCUCUCAGAGCUUCCAUCCGAUUCAGAAUGGGCAGUAGUGCGAAUUUGGAGGCGGCGAUAGAGCGGUUGCAGAAUGCGGAGAAGCAGUCCAGGCUCGCCGGCGAGGUCGCCGCCACGAGGCAGGCCGUCACCGAAAUUCUGGAGCUCUGCUUCCAGGCUAAGGACUGGAAGUCGCUGAACGAUCAGAUAUUGAUCCUCUCUAAGAAGCGCGGUCAACUCAAGCAGGCUGUAACUGCAAUGGUGCAACAAGCAAUGCAGUAUAUUGAUCAGACACCAGAUAUUGAAACCCGCAUAGAACUCAUUAAGACACUGAACAAUGUAUCUGCUGGAAAGAUCUUUGUUGAAAUUGAGAGGGCACGCUUGAUAAAGAAACUAGCCAAGAUUAAGGAAGAACAGGGCCUUAUAGCUGAAGCUGCUGAUCUGAUGCAAGAAGUUGCAGUUGAGACCUUUGGUGCUAUGGCAAAGACUGAAAAGAUUGCCUUCAUACUCGAACAAGUUCGUUUAUGCUUAGACAGGCAAGAUUAUGUCCGUGCUCAAAUUCUAUCGAGGAAAAUCAGCCCAAGGGUAUUUAAUGUCGAUACUUCCAAAGAAAAGAAGAAGCCUAAGGAAGGCGAUAAUGUUGUUGAAGAGGCUCCUGCUGAUAUACCAUCCCUGAUGGAGCUAAAGAGGAUCUACUAUGAAUUGAUGAUAAGGUAUUACUCCCAUAACAAUGAGUACCUCGAAAUCUGUCGUUGCUACAAGUCAAUAUAUGAGAUUCCUGCCGUGAAGGAAGAUCCGGCCCAGUGGACACAGGUCCUGAGGAAAAUUUGCUGGUACCUGGUUUUGGCACCACAUGAUCCAAUGCAGUCGAGUCUUCUCAAUUCCACCCUGGAAGACAAAAACCUCUCUGAAAUUCCCCAGUUUAAGACGUUGUUGAAACAACUGGUUACCAUGGAGGUCGUUACAUGGACAUCCCUAUGGGAUAGUUACAAGGAAGAAUUUGACAGCGAGAAGAACUUGCUUGGAGGUUCUUUAGUGGAUAAAGCAGCUGAGGACUUGAGGCAAAGAGUAAUUGAACAUAAUAUCCUCGUUGUCUCUAAAUAUUACUCGAGGAUUACCGUCAAGAGAUUGGCAGAGUUGUUGUGCCUCAGCGUUCCGGAAACGGAGAAGCACCUUUCGGAGAUGGUGGUGUCCAAGGCACUGAUAGCCAAGAUCGACAGACCAAUGGGAGUUGUCAGCUUCCAAGUAGCGAAAGACAGUAACGAUAUCCUCAACUCGUGGUCCUCAAACUUGGAGAAGCUGCUCGAUCUCGUCGAGAAGAGCUGCCAUCAAAUCCACAAAGAAACCAUGGUUCACAAAGCCGCCCUGAAAGUCUGAAACAGUAAACCAACCCGCGACAAAAAUUUGGAUGCUACGGAAGCUCAGCUAUUUGAAAGUCACCUUGAAGAACAUUCGUCCUCUCCCCUGACCAUGGACGACGAUUGAUUCAUGCACGGCGGCAUACUCACUUCACCCUCUUCCUGAGUUUGAUUGUCUUUGUUUUGUCAGGAAUGUGUUAGUGAGAGAUUAGCCAGACAAACUGUUGUAUACUUUUCCCGGAUUCGCGCACCUCAGUACGCAGUUUUAGAACGCACUGGCUAAUGGGACGAUUCUAAUUAUGCUUCUACUCGUUUGUUAUUAUUUACACCAUCGCACAGUGGAAAGAACUUCCUUCGAAGAAAACCAGACAACUUCCGUUCGCCCUCUCAAGUUUGCACUUAAUUCAGUUUCCAUCUUAUCUUGUUACUUGAAAGAAACCCAUCUUUCAUUAGCCUCCAGCGAAAGAUUGUAAACCUAAAUCACCCACCUCUCGUAUUACAUUUGCUAUGCUUGAGAACAAGAACCGAAACCAGAAGACUAUAUCAUCCUGAAGGCGAAUCGCCUUGGCUUCCACUAUUACACGACGAAGUAGCAGGCCAUGGCGAAGUCUGCUGGAAUUCCGGCAGCAGCGGAUAAUACGGCUGCUGCGUCUGCGAUGCUUGGUCAGACGGCUGUGAGGAGGAUUGAUGAUACGACGAUGGCAUAGAACGAUGAUCGUAGUACCCUCCGACUCCCAACACCAGCUGAGACGAAUUCGCUGGAUCGCGGCGGUUCAUGUUCAACAAGCCCAUGAACUGUGUCUGGUGGUUGCUGUUGUUGUUGUGAGCAUAAUUGGGAGAAGCAGUAGUCACGGUACUGCUGCUGCUGCUAGUGUUGAUGGUCCUGAGCUUGACGUUCUCGGGGAAGUUGAGCUUGGCCUUGCUGCCCCUGAACUUCAGCGCAGCCUCGUCGUACGCUCUGGCCGCCGCCUCCGCGGUGUCGAACGUGCCCAGCCACACUCUGGCGGCCUUGAACGGGUCGCGGAUCUCCGCCGCCCACUUCCCCCACGGCCGCCGCCUCACUCCCCUGUACUUCCUCCCGCUGCUGCCGCCUUCCUCUGCUGGUGUCUGAUGACCCGAAGAUGGAGUGUGUUCGUAGACCACUGUAGUAGUGCUGCUGCUCAUCAUCGGCGCUGCUGGUGGCGGCGGCAGUGGUAGUGACGGAGGAGUAGCGGCGUUGAAUAUUAAGUCUACCUUGUGCAGCGAAUGAAGAUGGUGAAGAUUGUGCAGCAGCUUGUUGAGAGAGUUCAAACUCAUGGCGAUACUGAUGGAGAGGAGCAGAAGAGGGAGUUUCAAAAAAUCCAAACCCGUCAUUCUCGUAGCGGAAUUGAUCACUUCCGUCCGCACCGCCGCCGGAAGCCACGACGUGGGUCAAAGCGGAGACCAUCGCAUCCAUCUCCCUCUCCGUCGACAUCAAAUUAUGCCUCGGAGCCGCCUUCACCACUUCUUCCGCCAUUAAUGGCGUCACACCAAGCUCACCACCACCAUUCCCACCAUAAUCAUCAUCUUCUUCCUCCUUCAGCUUCCUCUUACUUCCG